AUGCCCCAAUUGUCGUCAAAAGCGAGUCUCAAAUUGAAACGCAUCCUGCACAAGGCUUUCUUCGAGCCCCGUGGCACAGUGAUGGUGGACAACAAUACAAUAGGUGGGUUGAAGCCGCUGUUGGUGUGCACCACGAGAAUCGCGGUCGGCAUGGGUGGGAUCUUCCUCAAAGUCGAGAUGCCCUCGCUCCGCUCUCUCACACUCUUUUCCGCCGCAACGCUGGUCGUUGUGGCUCAGAUUGCUACCGGAGCUGCGAUCCCAGGCGCUGAAAUCGAGCGAACGCUUUCCGAGAUUCGCGAGGCACCCCAACUGUCUUCGCCGUUCGCCUCUUCUUCCGGUCAGGGAGCGGCGAGUUCCGCAGGUCAUGGGGAACCAGGCUGGGAAAGCAUGGUGCGUCCGCUCGAUCUCAUCCAGCCCUAUGCUCCCAAGCAUGGCGUCGAGGCCACAGCGUGGAGUCGUCUGGAUUCCGACAUGUAUCUGCUCCAAGUGGACUGGAACCACAUCGCCAAGUAUCCGUACCAUGAGCUAAGCUUCCCUCAGCGUAAGCUGUCCCUUCAAGAAGUCAAGGCGGAGUUCUUCAAGCAAUCCGAAACGCGAAUGCAGGAUGCCCCGCAGACGGUCACGACGUUCCAGCCAGGGUCCGACCCGCAGGAGUUUGCGACUUUCAUGGACAGCGUGAGUCGUCGUGAUACGACUUUUGGCUUGUGGCCAAUGCAGGUGGGGGAUCGCCGCUUCCAACUGGCGCAACUCAACGUCCGAAACGGGCUGUUCAAUAGCAUGCAUGGCUACAAUGCCGACAGACAUCACAUCAUCCUUGGAGUCUGGCAGGAGAUCGGCGCUCCGGGCUCGGGCAUCUAUCAGUAUCUCGGUGCAUUCCGUGGCGCGCAUAGCCGACCCUUUGUGGCUUACAGGACUCGUGUCUUGUCGCGAUCGGUCAAGCCAAUCGACAGAGUUCGGAUGCUGGGAUCCUCGAGCGUAUACAUCAAGCUUUACCAGUAG